CGGGGAUGCGCAUGCGCAGACAGAAACCCGUCAGCUCAGCGGAGCGUACGCUUCUCCCCACGUCCCGGUCCGUUUCUUCCCCUAGUCCACGCUAGAGACGCACAUCUGGCUCCAUGCGUCCCGGACUUGGACUUUUAAACUUUGUUUCCACGUCUGCAGCCGAAAGAGAAGGAGCAGAGAAUGACGAGCAAUUUAAAGCGGAAAGAAGAAAGUGCUCACCUGAACGGGGGCGUGAAGCAGCCCGCAUGGAGCAAAGCCCUCAGCGGCGGCGCGGUGUGGGAGGAUAAGGACGAGUUCUUAGACGUGAUCUACUGGCUCCGGCAAAUCAUCGCCAUCAUCCUCGGAGUGAUUUGGGGCGUCGCACCACUGAAAGGAUUCCUGGCAAUCGUCAUAUUCUGCAUCAUCAACGCCGGCGUCCUGUAUGUUUACUUCAGCAGCUUCCAGCAGGUGGACGAGGAGGAGUACGGCGGCACGUGGGAACUCACCAAAGAAGGCUUCAUGACGUCGUUCGCUCUGUUCCUGGUGGUGUGGAUCAUCUUUUACACGGCUCUACAUUUUGACUGACGGGGACGACUUCCAGUACGAACAUUUUGGUCGCGGUAAAAUCGGCGAGUGACGGAGGAACCUCCGCGGCUCGAGGCGCGCCAAAAAAAAACGCUCCCACAUACAGUAUGAACUUUUCAGUGUGCAGUGCAUCAUGGGAAUCCUAGAUCGAUUUAAAAACCAGACCCUGCAACACCACCGCCAUGUUCCGAGAUCAAAUUUUGCUGACUAUUUUCUAUUUUAUUUAAGGCACCCAUGAUUACACUUUCACACACACAUGUACACGUCCUUCAUCAUCUUCAUCUUCACCCACCUAAACACGAAUGAAUAUCUUCGGCUUAGACCGGCUGCAGCGCCGAUGGAACAAACCAGUCGAGGAGAUUUUAGACCGUGAAGAAAAAGAAGUGGCGAGUGUUUUACGCCCUCAUGUAUUUAUGUGGGUUCAAUCGGUCCGAGAGCGUGAAGAGUUUCCUUUUUGUUCUUUUUAAAAUGUAGAGCCAAAACCUUCAUUUUGUUUUGGUGAAUAAAACUACAAGUGAGGGAUUGUUUGUGUGUCCUCACUGUUUAAUAAAAAAUAAAAUAAUAUUGUCACGAAAAUCAGAAAUUUCACUCUAAAAUUAUAGAUUUGCCUUUUAAAAAAAAAAGGAAAUAAUCAAAUGAAUUAGUAAAAUGUGUUUAAAAAAUAAUUAUUUCAAAGUGUCACGGCAACAAAGCGCAUUAGAGGUUACCUUCCAGUGUGACUGGUUUUUGUUAAAGCUUCAUCUGGUUUUGAAAGAUUGAGGAAAAUCAGAGCUUCCAUGUUUUAUUUUAUUUAUUCAAAUUUUUUUUUAACCACUGGAUUAAAAACAAACAUUUUCAAAUAAACAACAAAGAAAUUAAAAGAACUUGCCGAUUGUUUUUUUUCUUCUUGGUAAAAGGUCUGGUGUCCGGCAAAAGGUCAAAGGUCGGCGCAGCUGAAAAUCUCGCUCGUGCUAAUUUUAACAUUUGGGGGAAACGAAUGUCGACCGGACAUCCGAUCUGCGUCCCCGUCAGGCCCAUCGGGAGGAAGCGCCGCUCUCCAGACUGAAGCUCAGCUGUUCCUCGGUGUCAUGUUUAAUCGAUGGCAUUAGUUAGGAGGGUAGAAAUAAUACAAAUAAAGUGUUUUUAAUUCUCACACGUAGCUUCUUACCUGUUGUUGGAAAUUAAUUUAAACUGUCUGUAAUUUCUCUACAACGUCACUUUGUUGUUUUCAAAUCCACGAUGUGUUACAGUAUUUAUGUGUUUCUUUUAUUACUUUAGGUAUUUUAUCUUUAAGAACUUUUAAAAAGCGGUCGGGUCUAAUUCUGCUUUUACAUACGCCUGUUGUAUUUUCUGAUCAAAUCUUUUGGGGAAUCAUUAAACACGGACUUUAUUCAGCCUCCAUUUUCAUUUUGUAUCUAUUUCUUUUUAAAAUUGUUUUUGUUUAAAUCUAGAAGAGAAGAUAUGUCUUUGUUUAUUUCUGUUUACUGGAAUGCGUUGCGUUGUUAUGGAAACCCAAUUAAUUUCAAAGUCGUCAAAUAUAAACACAGUUCUUAAAAGUGAAUAAGAUACAAUAAUAAAGUUUAUCUUUUUAUUUGAGUACACGUGGAGAGAAAUAAAACAAGUUAAAAUUG